AUGUCUGUUACAACAACAUAUGUGCCUAUUGAAGAUUCCGAAAAUGUUCCUGACGUUCCUUUAGUGUUUAUCUCAAAUACCUACUUAGAUGGUCUUACUGCUAACAUGCGUUCACUACCUAUUCCUUGGGAGGGUUUUAGAAGCACUUCACUUAUUUCUCAAGAAGAAUUUGAACUAUUAAAACAAGUUGACCAGAUAAGUCGGGAACAUUUUAAAACUUUGAUGAAUAAGGAAGCGAAAAAGUAUGCGGAACUAUUUGUAAAUAUCUUAGGAAAAUUCAAUCGGGUCGAUCCUCAACAAUAUGUUUUAGUUUUAAUUGGAGAUAUGCUUUCAGAUGAUGAAAAGCGUACAGUAUAUUUUCAUGAACUUUCCGAACAAAAUCCCGAACUUCCUUAUCCCGAUAAACCUCUACCAUUCAACAUUAAUGAAUUCUUUCGUUGGAUUAUCUUAAAACUUAAAAGUAAAAAUCCUCAGGUUAAUGAUUUGACGGUUCAGAUUUUAGAAUCAAUUUUAAGAGUUCCCGUUCAUCGUUUGGAAUUUUGGAGUUUGAUUCAAGAAAAAGCACCCGAAGCAAAUUUACCGGCAAUGUUAGUCGCCAAACUAUUAAACUUUUGUGAAAAUUUAUCUGCUCGGAAAUGGUCGGAUUCCGAAAUUGUGGAGGAUAUCGAAUUUUUAAAAAUUCAACUUCAAGAAAAUUUCCAUAGUUUGACAACAUUUGAUGAAUAUGCAUCAGAAAUUCAAUCCGGGAUGUUACAAUGGUCACCCCCUCAUGAAUCAGAACAAUUUUGGAAACAAAAUGUCAAUAAAUUAAAUGAAAGGGAUCGUGAUUUAUUAAAGUUACUUGUCACUUCAAGUGAUAAUACAGUUUUGGCAAUUGGAGCCAAACAACGAAUAAUGGAAUUAAUGACUCACGAAGAUCCGGGAGUUCGAUAUCAAUGUUUGAUAGCGGUACAAAAAUAUAUGACUCAUGCUUGGGUUGUUUAG